GUGCCGAUCGGAGUCGCUUGGUGGUAUAGUGUAGCAAACGAACGAACAGUGGGAGCUCAGCUGCAGACAGUGCCAAAGCCAUACGAUUUCGGAGUUUACACAGUGCCUUUCAUUAGUAUACAACGUAUUUUUUUUAGUAUGACUUCACACUCUGGUGUUUAAGUGGGUGCACACAUAAAUAAUUGAUCAGGCGUCGUUUUAGUUCCAUACAAAAAGGAGUUUUUUUUAUUCAUCAAACAUUUGCGCGUUUGAUUUCGCUCGUGCAUUUCGAUUGCCUAUUCCUAGACGCACGUGCAAUUAAAUCAUCGUACGCGGAGAAAUAACAAACAAACGAAAAAAAUGCUGACUCGGCUUGCAGAGCGUUGCAAACGUAGAGCGGAAGCGAAAAAGCGCAAGGCCGCCCUCGUGCUGCCCACGAUGGAGAUGAUGCAGCAGCCGACCGUAGCCUCGGAUGAACCGUGGAACGAGACAAGGAAACCUAAAAAAUCUCCCAUAGCCGACGACUACGAAAUAAGCGGACGUGUCUUGGGCCUUGGCAUUAACGGCAAGGUUGUCCAGUGCUUCGACAGAAAGACCGGGGAAAAGUACGCGCUCAAGGUUUUAAACGACAAUCCAAAGUCGAGGAACGAGGUCGAACUGCACUGGCGCGCGUCGAACUGCAAGCACAUCGUCUACGUGAAAGACGUCUACGAGAACACCUACGGCGGAAACAAGUGUCUCCUCGUCGUCAUGGAAUGCAUGGAUGGUGGGGAGCUGUUUCAAAGAAUACAAGAAAGACAGGACGGCGCGUUCACGGAGAGAGAAGCGGCUCAAAUCAUGUAUGAAAUUUGCAUCGCCGUGAAACACCUGCACGACAACAACAUAGCCCACAGAGACCUGAAGCCGGAGAACUUGCUAUACUCGAAGCCAGGAACAAUGGGUAUUCUCAAGCUCACCGAUUUUGGCUUCGCCAAAGAGACCCACCUCAAAGACACGCUACAGACGCCCUGCUACACCCCAUAUUACGUUGCUCCCGAAGUCCUUGGCUCGGAAAAGUACGACAAGAGCUGCGACAUCUGGUCUCUCGGCGUAAUCAUGUACAUACUGUGCAGUGGUUUCCCGCCCUUCUACAGCAAUCGAGGCCUCGCCAUCUCACCGGGGAUGAAAAAGCGAAUCCGGCUGGGCCAGUACGACUUCCCCGAACCAGAGUGGUCGAACGUGAGCUCGGAUGCGCGUGACCUCAUCAAGAGCAUGCUGUGCACCGACCCUGAACACCGACUGAGCAUCGAUGGCGUAAUGAAGAACAAAUGGAUCGCCGAACACACAGAAGUGCCACCGACGCCCCUGCAGACGGGCCGAGUGCUGCGGGAGGGCGAGGAGCUAUGGCCCGAGGUACAAGAGGAGAUGACCCGUUCGUUGGCGACGAUGCGCGUCGACUACGACACCGCGAGUCUUAAGCAACUCGAUCAGACCAACAACCCCCUGCUGAACAAACGCCGGCGUGCCAAGCAGCUGCAGAACAGCGACUCGACCGCCCCAACCCUGGCGGCCAUCAGCGGAGCCGCGGCCGCGAGAACGACAGCGGCCUCUUAGGAAAUCGACAGACUCGCGAGUAUGAUCGACAAAAUGUGCCCGUGUUAGUAUAUAUAACCGUGCACUCGUACGUGUGUUUAUUUUGUGACACUGAGAAGAAACCGCGAGCCACGAUUUGACUGACGUGUAUGGAACGCCGUUCUGACGAGACAAUAAAUUAUUGGUAACUGUUUCGAGAACUUGAGAUGGGUUGUUUUGUAAAUAAGAUGAGACCCGCGAUCGCUUCGUUUUCACGAAGACCAGUAUGACAAGACCAUCCAAAUUUGUACAUGAGUAAGAGAUGUUUCCGAAGGAUGCAUUUAUAUCACUGUUUUAAACUAAGCCAGUUGUACUGACGUUAAGUUUGAAAUUUCAAGUGAAGCUUAUUUUUUUAUCGAAGUCAUUUAUACGUGUAUACCUUCUGGUAUUGUUGAAUGAUGAGGGAACACCUAUGCGAGUAAGAUUGUUUCCGCAUGUUAAAACUACCGUUAAGCCGUAGUAUGGGAAAAAGUCAUUUUAACUAUAGAAAUUCGACCGUGUAGCCGAGACUCGGGGUCAAGUAAAAUUACCAAUGUCCAAACCGGUAGUUCGAUCAUAACUUAUAUGCGCACGAAACUCGGUACGAAACGUCCGGUAAAAUUGUUUCGGGAAUACACACAUGCGUAAUGCCAGUUUCUCUUGCAAAGAGAAGUAAAUAAAAUUUAAAAAACUACACUACACGCAUAAUUUAUGUAUAGAAAGGCAAAAACUUGUUAUACCCAUACAGAGGAAAAAAAAAACACUAUGCGCUACUUCGUUAAAAAAAAAAAAAAGAGCCUUUUCCCGUGCAGAAUUCAUGGGCCAGCAUGCGCGCAGUUAGUAACGCACCGAGGAGCGCAUAAGUCAAUCGAAGCGUGUGCGCGUGUGGCGACUUGGUUAAACGGAAUUGCGCUCAAGUAAAACGGAGACGAGUGCUAAACAGAGUGUACAUGCAAUACACUGCAUCUCGUCAAGCCUCGGACGUUUUAUGACAAGUUAAGAGUGACAGGGGGUACAAUGCAACUAUUUCCGUGUCAAUUGAAUUUUGCCUUAGAUUCGUGGCAGGAUGAGAAACUCGGGUCUUUGAAAGCCCAUGGUAGGAAAGGUGUCGUUUCUCCGUGUACGCGGGUAUGUAUAAAAAAGCGCGAACAUCCACCUUUAGCCUCAGUUCGAUGUUUGGUUGUUCGUUGGCAUGUACCAACCUGCCGUUGGAUACAAGAAGCGCCUAUAGAUGCAUUUCGCGCGAGUACCUACUCUGGUUAGACACACUUUACUGACUAUUAUUGUAUUGAUAUUAUAUUGUAAACGUGUAAUUAAAAUCGCAUUACGUGAA